CAGCAGAAGUGAUAACUCGUAUGGAUGUUUGGUUUCAGGAAAGGCGAGAGUGUUGAAUGUUAGAGAAAAACAGUGUGUGUGUGUGUGUGUGUGUGUGCGCGCAGAAUAUCAAGUUAUAAUAGUACCGUGGGCAGGAUUGGCCAUCUGAGCCAAACAAGUCGUCAAGCUGGUCAACAUAAGUCAUCAAAAAGCAAGCUCACUGUACGACUGUACGAGAGGACUCAAAACAAAUUCACCAUUAUGGCACGUCGUGGAGGGUGCUGCAUGUACUUCAACAUUAUUAGUGCUGUUCUAGGAGCACUUGCUGGUUUAUCAGCAUUUGUGGUUUUCUUCUUUCACUUUGAAAACCGUCAAGCAGGAAUGUGGGCAUUUGUUUCAGGUGUGUUUGCCAGCACCACGCUCUUCAUCCACAUCUUGUACAAGAGGCAUUCCCUGGAGAUGUGGUACACACCAGAAAACCUUCAGCAAAUCAGACUGCUAGGUUUCCUGGGCUUCAUUGCUGGCCUGGCUGGAAUGAUUGCAUACCUUGCUAUUGCAGCUUCAGUUCAUGAAGACAUGCCAUCCAUGGAGAACAUCAGUUCAAAUCAUUACUUCAUGGCAAUUUGGGCCUUCCUCACACUGAAAUGGGGAGCCUCUUUGUUUGGCUUCUCACAUUUAUACCGCAAGAGACUGUUGGAGGAGUACCAUCCUCUUUUGGCUUGAAUCAAUUGAAGGUAUCUUAAUAUUUUUUUUAUUUUUUGCUACAGUGUUAGUAUCAUCUCCAUUUUCAUACAUAACUCUACCACAACACAUUAUAAAAUGUAAACACACACAUACACACAUGCAAAGGAAGUGAUAAUGUGUGAUAGUCUACAAAAAGGAAAACAUUAAGAAACCAUAUUCAGACAUACAGGAUGUUGAGAAGUAAUGGAAUAGAUUUUUCCUUCAUGGAGAAGUAGAAUGAGAUCAAACAUAGAAUAUACUGUUUCUUUGUAGUCACUGUACAAGAAAUGUGAAAAAAAUUCUAAUAAUGCAGAAAAUUGUUUAUUGGAUGAAGCUAGAAGGAUGAAUUUAUGAAGAAAAGUUAAAAGAAAUAAACUUCUUAACUUUUGAGCUACAAAAAAGAAAAAUACUUGAUAACAACCUACAUAUUGUUGUGAAUAGGAAAGAGAAUUGUGAAACACAGAAAAAAAAUUAAAAACAUGAAAAAAAUGGGGCUGAAAAGUGGCAGAUGCAUGAAUUGUCAUGAUAUAAAAAAAAGUUUCUAAUUACAAAUACAUAAGUUAAGGAUAAACAUAGUGAGAAGGUAAUACUGUAUUAACACAAAAGUUUUCUCUCAUUGAAUGGCAUUCUUGAUAAAUGCACAUAUGGAGAUGAACUUCAUGAAUGAUGCUCAGAUUCUAAAUUAUACACAAUACACACACACACACACACACACACACACACACACACACACACACACACACACACACACACACACACACACAGAGGAUGAUAGUCAAAUACAGAAACAUGUACAUUUUUUUUCAGUUGAAUACCUAAUAGAUCCAAAUAGAAAUAUUCAAGUUUUCAAUCAAAUGCAAAUGCAAAACUUCAUGUGUAAGUAAACUCUCUCUCUCUCUCUCUCUCUCUCUCUCUCUCUCUCUCUCUCUCUCUCUCUCUCUCUCUCUCUCUCUCUCUCUCUCUCUCUCUCUCUCUCUCUAUAUAUAUAUAUAUAUAUAUAUAUAUAUAUAUAUAUAUAUAUAUAUUAGCAGAUUUUGUACUAAUUUCACACCAAUUAUCUCAGAAAAUUGCUCCCCUGAUAUUAAUUAAAGAAUCCUUCAAGUAAAAUGUGGAUUCUGGGUAAUGAAAAUCAAUAUUUUUAAGAAUUUCACAUUUGUGUCUCAUCAAUGUUAUCUCCACUUUCUUCUUCAGAAUAGAGAAAUGAAUAUAUUUUUUUGUCUAAUGUUAGGACAAAACAUUGAUCUGAAGUUUUUUAUCUUUUUAUUUUAUUUAUUAGUUUUUAAUGUUUGAUUAUUUAACAGUACUUUCUGUUUUGUAAAUGUAUGUAUAUCCAAUAGUUCACUGCUUAAAGUGGUCAGACAGGAUCAUUAUUCUACUAGAGGUAAGAAGUAUCAAAUGGUAAAAACAAAUUCAUUCUUAGAUCAUUUUAAACUUCACUCAUGUGAUCACAUGAGGUGAAAAGUCUCUUAUGAAUGCUCUUGAUCUGCUUGAUAGUAUGUAAGGCUUUUUUAAAAGAUAUAGGCUUCUUUCCUUUUGUUUAUGAUAACUUAUAUCAAUGUUCAUGUUCCAUUUUAGAGAAACAUGUCAAAUACGAAGUUUACAUGCAAAUACUGUUUAGGCAUACAAUUAAUUACUGAACACACACACACACACACACACACACACACACACACACACACACACACACACACACACACACACACACACACACACACACACACACACACACACUAGUGUACCGGUUAGCACACUUGGCUCACAACCAAGGGGGCCUGGGUUCAAGUCCUGGGAAGCAGCGAGGUAAAUGGACAAACCUCGUAAUGUGUAGCCUCUGCUCACCUAGUUGUAAAUAGGUACAGGAUGUAACUCGAGGGGUUGUGGCGUCACUUUCUCAGUGUGUGUGGUGUGUGAUGUAGUCUUAGUCCUACCCGAAGAACAGUCAGUAUGACCUCUGACCUCUUUCCGUUGGGGGAAAGGCUGGCUGGAUGACCAGUAGGUGACCGUGGUGAAUAACACACACACACACACACACACACACACACACACACACACACACACACACACACACACACACACACACACACACACACACACACACAUGCAUGGCUCACACUUGAGAAUGCUUGGGUUUGUGUCCUGGGAACAGUGAGGCAGAUAUGUGAGCCUUUUGAUGUGCUGCUUUGUUCACAUAGCAACAAGUUGAUAGGGGUAUUAGGUGAGUGGUUGUGAUUGUAUCGUUUUGCUGUGUGGUGUAUGAGUGGUCUAAAGCCUACCCAUAAUCACUAUGUGCUCAGAAUUCUUUCUGUAUAUGAGUGGCUGGCUGUGUCAUGAGACUAACAGACAACUGUACUUAAAUAACACACACAAAGUACAAGAAAUAUUCACAGAUUUGAGUAUUUUUUUAGCAUAUAAACUAUGAAAACUGAAUUUCUUCACCUGUACAUAUGUAUGAAUAUAUUUAUUUAUGGUUUUGAUUAAAGUUAUAUACAGAGACA